UAAAUGUGUCUGUUCUUCUUGCAGUGCGAUAAUGAAGCGGCAUAAAUCUUCCCUAAAAAGAUAAAGUGGAUAAACCAUCUGCAUGCGGAUAAUAAACCACCUGAAAGUAAUCUUCCAAACCACUCCCUCCGGGUCAUUAUAAAUCACCUGACCGUCUGUGUCAACAGCAGUCAACACAGACGCCAUCGCUGUGCAGAAGCAAGGGAGAAUCAAAGGCAACCCGCGAUGGACUCCAGGUCUCGCAGACUUCCUUUUUGUCUGUCCAGCCCAAGGUCGUCCUACACAUCCAGUCCAGCGGUCUCCUCCUCAUCACUGGGCUCCAGUAGGUUGUACAGUAGGGAGACUGUGAUGAAUAAUGACCGCUUCCCGAGGGCAUCGUCAGCUUACAAAGCCGACUUGGACCACCAGAGUUCUGGUUUCCUGAGCUCGUCCAGAGACUACAGCAGCUCUGACAGUCGCUCCACCAGCUGGAAGUUGCCCUCUUCUCUGACAUCCUCCAGCAGAUCUUAUGAUCGCCCAUGGGCUGAAUCCUCUCUCAGCAGUAGAAGCAAACUGACUGAUUCUGAGGCGAGGUUGGGGAUGCGCUCCAGUCUGUUGAAUGCCAGUGAUGAUGGUGAUUCUAAAAGGGCCAAGCUGUCAUACAACAGAGGGCUGUACUCAAGAACGGCCAGCACCUCAGCCACAGGAUCCACCUAUUCUGGUACUGGGCUCAGCAGUGGCAGAGGUACAGGUGAAAAACAAAAUGACACUUAUGAUUCAUCGUGGAAUUCAUGCCGUUUACUCUCACGGUCUUCAUCGUCCUCCUCAAAGCCACUGUUGUCUAGGACUGAGCUAGAGACAAAGACUGAACCCAGUCUCUCAGGUUUGGGAGAGCGAAGGAUCAGAGCUCCCGGAUUGGCUUCCUCAUUGUAUCAGACAGACAGAGUGACCUCCACAUAUGCACAGGGAGCUCGGCCUAAAGAAACUGCCUACUCUCCCUCCUUUUCUUCCUCCUCCUCCACUGCUAGAGAAAGCUCCCUAAAUCGGCACCUCUCAGCCUCCACCUCCCACCGGUCUUCUCCUCUAGUGCAUGACUUCAGCAACAGGACCCCAUCCCGUUUCUUGAGCGGCUCGUCCACCCUCCACUCAUCUCAGGAACAAACAAGAAACCCCGACUCCUCUUCAGAUAUCUAUUCCUCACACACCUCCAGAUACACCACUCCCCUGCCCAGACCAGAGGCUACUCUUCCUCCAAGGCCAGCCGCUGAGGGUGGAGAGCCAGAGGGCCGUCGCUCCACCCGACGCCUUUUGUCCCGCCUCUUUUCACGGCGCUCCAGCCAAGACUCUUCCAGUGGAUCUUCAAGUGUGCGCUCCCUUGAUGAUGACAGUCCAUCAACUGGUGGAGAGUCUGUGGACAGUGACGAGGGGGCCAGGAUGUCUAGUGUGGAGCCUGACACUGGAGGGUCAGAGGCAACCUCAGGUAGCCUCAGGAAUCGCAGGGCAGACCUCGCCCCUAUCCAGGAAAACCGCAACGAUGGCUAUCGUAGUGGCCUGGCUCCAUCCAGAAUGGGGUCUUGGAGAGAGCCUGGCGUCAGCAGUAGUAAUAACACCAGCAGUGGAGGAGGCAGCAGCAGCAGCUACUCCUGGCUUUCCUCCUCCCUCCGUGGCCGCUGCCCUCCCCUCCUCGCUCGCCUCAGGAGACACACUCGGGAUGAUAGUGCACCGUCAGCUGCGGGCGUAGAAGAAGGCUACAGCCGUCCACAGCAUUUACUAAGAAGAUGGGAUGACCUUGAGUAUAAAGCAACACAGGAAGAAGAUGACGAUGAUGACGAAGAAGAAGAGGAGGAGGAGGAAGACGAAGGAGCGGUUGGUUUAGAGGCCUUUGCCACAGGUCGCCCCUGCAGACUUGAGAAUGAGACAUUACCAGAACUGGAAGAUGCCUCACUUGAAUUUUCACCACGCCGCAGAGUCGGAGUAUACGACAACAUUUCAGUUUCCAUGGGUCCAUUGGGUGGUGUCGAGAGUCAGGUGGAUGGACAGAAGGAGAAACACAUUUCCAGUAGGGAUCAAGAGAAGCUACGCAAGAUCAAGGAGAGACUGCUGCUGGAGGAUUCUGACGAGGAAGAAGGCGACCUGUGCCGAAUCUGCCAGAUGGGGGAGGAAUUGGCAUCCAACCCCCUGAUUCAGCCUUGCCGCUGCACAGGAAGUCUGCAAUAUGUCCACCAGGAAUGCAUCAAGAGGUGGCUCCGCUCCAAAAUUGGCUCAGGCACAAACCUCGAGGCCAUCACAACAUGUGAACUCUGCAAGGAGAAACUGCGUUUGAACAUAGACAACUUUGACAUUCAGGAGUUAUACAGGACACAUGUGCAAUCCGAAUAUGAUGAGUUCAUCAGUAGCGGUCUCUAUCUGGUGGUACUGCUGCAUUUCUGUGAGCAGAGGUUUUCCGAUGUCCUGGGAGCGGUCGAUGCUGCUGGGUUAUUCAACCUGGUGAGAAUUCUUCAUGAACACAUGGACAAUCUUGAAAUUCCUCAUGGGGAAAGUGACGAGGAGCUGCGAGACAACAGACCAUCUAUUGAGUUUUCCGACCUGGACGACGAUCUUGAAGAGGAGUACUAAUUACAUGAAAGAGAUUGAUCCAGGGUGAAAAAAAAAAAAAGUAAAAAUAAAAGUGGGUCACUCCAUGUCAUGUUCACUCCAUGGUAGCGCACUCCGUUUUCACACAUGCUUUGACAUUGUCAUGUUCAUCUGAAACGCAGCGGCAGUGAGAAAUGCCAGGUGCACACAACAUCUCGCCUUUGUUGCCGGUGGCUUUUGCAGAUAUGCAAAUACAAACUCAAAACAAAUGAGUGCGUUUAAAAAAAAAUAAAUAAAAAUGUUUCAGUUGACACCACUGUAUUUGCGUUUCUAUGAGAGUGCACUUUAUUCAAUUAUAAUUAAAGAAUAAUGCAAGUCUUUUUAACUGUUAUACCACAAGUGCUUUAAUGUUUAAAUGAAAAGGCAGGAAUAUGAAAUUGUGUCAAGCGGCAACAGGAACAAGGUUGAGUCGUACUUAAGUCGUGACGGUAAGAUGGAUGCUUUGGAGAGAGAGACUAUUAAAAAGUGGCAAUUAUUCCUUUUUAUUGUCUGUUUUAAUUUCUCCACUGAGAAUAUGUUUUUAAAAAAAGACAACCCCAUCAGUAAAUUUUUCUCCACCUUUGUUUCUGUGUUUGAAAUGCUUUAUGUACUGUAUGUCUGUAAAUCUAGUUUCAUGCUUUCAGUUUUGGAAAUAAACAUUGAAUGCAAACUGCCA